GGUAAUAAUAAUAAUAAUAAUAAUAAUAAUAAUAAUAAUAAUAAUAUAUCAGCUCGCAAGUAGAGACUGAUACAAUAAUAUAUGGAUAAAGUCCAUAAUUUUUUUUAUAUAUUUUUUAUUUGACAUACAUAGAGGUCAGACGUCAGACGUCAGAGGAGACAUAAGUCAUUACAAGGAUAGCGAGGCAGAGAGGACAAAGGCAACAACACAAGAGGACCGGACGUACGCCCUCUUCCUACAACAGGCUACGGAUGAUAUCCAUAACUUUUAUUUAUUUGAUAUAUAUCUAUAUAUAUAGCAUAUAUCUUGAUUGCGGCGCGCAGUCAGUCGCCAUUCUUUAUGCAGCAGCUGAAAAAACAAAAGCAGCAGAGGGGGUUGAUCCCCUGAAGCCGGCGGGAACUGGGAAGUCUCGCCGCUGCAACUGUACCGGCAGAGCACAUCAGCAGGACAGUGAGGUACAGAAAGUAAAGAAAGAGGACAUAACCACGUUUGGCCUCCAUGGAAUAGUGCUUCAGAUUGUUUCAGCUCAGUUACCUAAUUAUUUGUGCUUAUUGUUGAAUUUGCUUCUGGUAGGUAAGGGGAAUUACGUUUGCUGUUUAACACAUGUAUUUAUACUAACAGCUCAGUUUGUUAUUAGCAGCCAUCCAACAACCAAUCCCACAUACCAUUUCCUUUUAGUUAGUUAGGUGUAUUUACUUUUCAAAACCCACCUUCUUAAGGAUAACUGCUUUCGGUAAUUAAAUAUUCAGUUGGUAGUUAGCAGGUAAGAAACAAAUUAAAAAAAUUGGUUGUUCGUUGAGCCAUAAAGAACAUUUCAUCGGGCCGGGACAAAGUUUAGGCCUUUGUGUUUACUGGGCCUGUUUUGAUCAUAUUCGUGUAGAUCAAUGGUUGGCGGCUGUGGAUCAUAUGUACGUAGUAGAAGCGCGCGCCUAUGUCGUAGGAGGACAAAGCUGAAAGACAUGCAUGGUAUCUAUGAUACAUAACGCGCGUGCUAAAUUUGAAAGAGAAAAGCCUUAAAUGGAAUGGAAAUAGUCUCCACUCUCGACUCCAGCACCAUUGUGAUCCGUGUUCCAAAUGAAAGCUAUCAGACAAAUGCAGGCCAGCGCAUUCCAAUGAAUAGUGGAGCCUCUAUUCUAGAAUUAAGAUGUACGGUCCCAUUAUUUUAAAUAAUAAUUCGAACUAAAAUUAACCAUCAACUCUUCGGUUGUUCUAUGAAAAUGGCAAUAACAACGUUAUUCAUACAAUAAUUUGACAUAAAAUUAACCCACAACUCUUCAACUUUUGUAUUACGCGAGAAAUCAUCACCAUCAUUAAUUUAUUGGGGAUUUGAUGUGUUAUUUUCUAACACAAAUAGGGCAUUCAUAACACAUAUAAGACUUUAACAAUGAAUAUACGUGACUCGUUUAUAUAAACAUGUGAACAUUGAGCAAGCACGGCACAAGCAAGAGUGUUAAUCAAACAUAUUUAAACACACACCAUUAUGACCAUAAGCAAUCAAUUAUACACGGCAAGUUAUACAAUUCAAGUUCAUCAUAUAAUAUAGGACUGGAUCCACUAACAUACCUACGAUGGAGGCCCCCUAAUAUUCUGAGACCCUAUGCCGGAGGGCCUCUCUACACACUCUAUUCGCCGGCCCUGAGGCUAACCCAAACAACAUAAACCAAAAGAUAGUGUAGGGGGAUCGGUUACCGGUUACAUCUGUUAACGGUACGAGAAUCGGUCCCCCAAGGUACCAGUAUUCUUCUCCUGAUUUCUUGAUAUUCUCCAAAUUACCUGCAGGGACAUUUAGCAGCUCCCUACCUCAACGAUGGCGUUUGGAGCGCGGAGUGGCCAGUGGAGGAAGAGGAAUACAGAGGGGAGGAAACGGAGAGGCAAGUUUGGACAACGCUGAAAGGACUAAAAAUAAGAUCGGCUCUGACCAUCUAUAGAUGUUGAUCCACCUACCUAUCUACCCAAAAAUAGCAACGUGGACUCCAGCUACCAAGCACAGAAGUUUGGAUGUAUAGUUGAGGAAUGAAGCACUAGCCAGCUAGGUAGACGGGAAGGUAAACUGAUGGUCGUGGGAAAUCGCAAAGGAAAACAAGAUGAGGGAUAAGAUGGGAAAUAUAAAUAUUGUAUGGUACCAAAUGGGCUGGAUUUAGAUUGGGUCUGAUUUGGAAUAAUUUAUGUGGGUCGAUGGAUCUAGCUACUUAGCUUGAACUAAACCCAAAUGCUACCACCACCACCAAACCCAUUGCCAUUGGCACCCUCCGUUAUGUGUGUACACAAUUCAUAUAUAUUUCAGUUAUGGGGUAAAUUGUAAUGUCGGUCUCAGGGCAGGGGCGGAGCCAGGAUUUGGUUUUCGGGGGUCUGAAAUUUUCUAGUCCCUUACUGCAAAAAAAUGUUUGACCUAAAUAAAAAUUAUUUAAAUUAUUAUUAUAACUAUAUAUUUUUAAAGAUGAUUAACAUCAUUCAAAACAAAAUCUAAACUAACAAAUUUUGCUAUGAUAGGUUCGAUUAGGGCUGGCUAUUUGGACCGGGACCGGAUGAAAAACCGGAAACCGGACCUUAUAACCCGGACCGAGACCGGACCGGGACCGGAUAGUAAACAAUCCAAUCCAAUCUUUGGGCUUAGAUUUGAGGUAAAAAACCGGAUAAAGACCGGAUAAGAGAGCUCAACACCCAAAACUUAAGGGUAAUUUGCAUAAACGGUCACAAACCUUUGCACUUAGUACAAAACUUAACCAACUCCUCACCCUUUUAGGCCUUAGGCCACUCAAAUUCCCACAAUCUCAAUAUAAAAUCAAGACCGAAUUGGGACCGGACCGGGUCAAGACCGGACCGGAUCAAGACCGGACUGUAUCCAAUCCAAUCUUCGGUCCUUAUAUUUUCAAAAAAACCGGACUGGACCGGAUCAAUUUGGGCCAAUUUAACCGGACCGGACCGUAUAGCCACCCCUAGGUUCGAUAUAGAUUACAAAAGAGGAAGAAAAAUUAAUAAUUCGUUUAAUAUUAUAUAAUCCAUCAUAUUUUCAGACAUAAUAAGUUAAAAUUUUUUAGUUAAAAUCUUGAUCGAGUUUUUAAUUAUAUAGGAGUUUGAGAAAAAGAAUAUACAAUUUGGAAAACAAUUAGCUAAUCUAAUUUGAAACUAUAGGACUUCGAAGAAAUUGAUAACUCAUUAUUUAAAUUAUUAUUAGGGUUAAUACCCUAGUUUGACCCGAAAUAUAGCGAUAAUGACAGUUUUGGCCCCAUUUUUCAAAUAAGAAAUUUUGACCCACUUUUGAAAUUAUUGGAUAAAUUUGGCCGAGAUUUUCUUUGACUAUUAAUAUUAACAGUCAAACACUUAUUUCGUCAGUGACUCAGCAUCUAAGGUUGAAGUGGCAGUGAUGUGGCUUCCAUGUCAUUUAUUUAUGCUAAAAUAAUAAUAAAUAAAACAAAAAUAAAUAGCAUAAAAAUUAUGGAUUUCCCGUCCACAAGCGCCUCCACCUUCCCCAUCCAUCGCGGUAGCCGUCCUCUCAGAUUCCACUUUGUCGUCGUCAGCAAGAUCGGCGGAUUCACUCGAAUUUCAUCUUCUCCCUCGAAUCGAUCUGGAGUAAAAAUCGAAAGCGAUGGGAAGCUAGCAGUUGGGGAUCUGAGGCCGACGAUUUCGUCUUCUCUCCUCGUCGUCCACUGCACCUUCUCCUUCCACGGCAACUCUCGCUGUUGCCAUCAGUCGUCGUUGUCAUCCCUUGCCGUGUCAACUGACCUGGAAUCCUGAUGCUGGAAGGAUUGGAAGACUGAAGCGAAGUGAAGAAGGAGAAGGAUCAAACGUUGCCGUUUCCAUUUCCUGUUUUAAGUUGUUGUUGCUAAACUCUGUCGUUUUACCUAAGUUCUAUUAGCCGUUAUUAAACACUGCUUUUGUUU